AUGCUCGCCAACGCGGCCACCAUGCGGAUCCUCAUCAAGGGGGGGAAGGUGGUGAAUGACGACUGCACGCUGGAGGCGGACGUCUACAUCGAGAACGGCAUCAUCCAGCAAGUGGGCCGCGAGCUCAUGAUCCCCGGCGGGGCCAAGGUCAUCGACGCCACCGGCAAGCUCGUCAUCCCGGGCGGCAUCGACACCAGCACCCACUUCCACCAGACCUUCAUGAACGCCACCUGCGUGGAUGACUUCUACCACGGCACCAAGGCAGCCCUGGUGGGGGGUACGACGAUGAUCAUCGGCCACGUCCUGCCCGACAAGGAGACCUCGCUGCUGGACGCCUACGAGAAGUGCCGCAGCCUGGCCGAUCCCAAGGUCUGCUGCGACUACGCCCUGCACAUGGGCAUCACUUGGUGGGCGCCCAAGGUGAGUCUGGCCGUGCCGCGCCGCGACACGCUGAACAUUGUGGCCUCCGACCACCGGCCCUUCAGCACCAAGCAGAAAGCCAUGGGCAAGGAGGACUUCACCAAGAUCCCCCACGGCGUCAGCGGGGUGCAGGACCGCAUGAACAUCAUCUGGGAGCGAGGCGUG